AUGCAAAUUCGAGGUGUUGUACUUGUUACUGUAGCUCUCUUUUUGGGCAUUGCUGCAUUAGUUUUACAUUUAUUGGCUUUAUGUUCACCACAUUGGAAAAUAACAAAACGAGAUGCCGAACCAGUAUUGAGUCCAGUUAGUUAUGGUCUUUGGCAAAGAUGUGAAAAUACAAAUUUGACAAUAAUGAAACAAGGUGUAGCACUUGGUGUUCGACCAAAUGUUGAAAUAUGUCGACCGAAUCUAUAUAUGAGAUAUCCACCACAAAAAUUUAAUUUAUGUUAUAAUAUUCGUCGAAAUUGUCCAGUUCUUCAAGUCGAUCAAAUACCUGAAGGUUGUUCAUGUCGUUAUUUACCAUCAACUAGAGCUUUACAAUGGUUAACAGUUUCAGCAGCUAUAUUUCUUAUUAUUGGUAUAUUAUUACUUUAUUUAAAUAAUAUAGCGCAACCACAAAAUGAAAGUGCAGUGCUUUUAGUACGUUAUGCACCAUUUAUUUGUUUUCUAUCAGCAUUACUUUUAUUAGCCACAGGAUUAAUCCUUUUUGGAGCAUUUCUUCGACGUGAUACAUAUGAAGAUUUUUCAUUUCCAUUACAAAGUUUAAAAAAUGGUAUGCAAAGUUAUGAUUUGCAUAGCCUUCGUAAUUAUGCUAAAUUUCAUGAAAAUGUUAGUCGUGAAUUAUAUACGAAGGCUGAACAAGAAUUACGUGAAGAUGCUAAUACACAUUAUCAUACAAUAAUUGGACGAGCAACAGUUUAUGAAAUAAUUGCAACAACAUUAAUUUUUAUUGUUACAGCAGUAACAUUUUGGUUUGCUACAUCAUCAAGAGCAGAAGAUCUUUAA